GACGCCCGAGUGCUCGUCUUCACGCCUCGUGUCUGCGCUGCGCUCCACAGGCGACUAGAGAAAGGCGUGGACCACCUGACCAACGCCAUCGCCGUGUGCGGUCAGCCGCAGCAGCUGCUGCAGGUGCUGCAGCAGACUCUGCCUCCGCCCGUCUUCCAGAUGCUGCUCACCAAGCUGCCCAGCAUCAGCCAGCGGAUCGUGAGCGCCCAGAGUCUGAGCGAGGACGACAUGAGGACCAGGAGGAGACCGCCCCCGAGCCCUCCUCCUCCUCCUCUUCCUCACGUGGACCCUCCGUGACGACCUCGCCAACGCCUCGGCCUCCAUCACGCCGGCCGACGUCCAUCACUUCCGGUGUGCGGUAUUAACUGGUUUUUGAAUUAACUGGUUUUGGUACGCGUGCAUGAGGCAGAUGUGCCGUAGGAGUGGCCUCGAGUUGCCUCUCAGGACCCGUCUGACUAACUAGGAAAUGCACAUUUCCAUCGCUUAGCCUCUCUGUCACGUUCUUUUUAUGUAACGCUAAUGUUUUAAAGACUGUUACCUGUUGUUUUGUUACGAUAAGGACACACAUAACUACACACAGGAGUGAGCGUGUCUUUUGACACAUGACGGGUGAGCAGCUUGCUCCAGCCUUCAUUUAGGAUUUCGACGGCAUUAACGAAACGUUUUCCACCUUCAUGACGAACAUAUCACUUGUUCACUGGCGAUACAAACAAUUAAAAAAUGGAUUAAGAUUAACGCCAAGAAUCGAACCUGCGAUCAUCUGCGACCACAGGGCCUCCUAACUUGCAUCCCAACUACCAUUGAGCUAUAGAGGAAUAUGGGUUGAUUACAGUCAGUUUAAGUUUUAGAUGAAUAGAUAAAUCACUCAUAGUGAUAAUCAGUAACUGCGUUUCCUAUUGUCGCAUCAACUUUAAUGCACAAAGCGGCUGUUGCCUAUGCAAUCACGUAUUUGAGUUAGGUGGGUCUAUGAUGUUAGAAGAAAAGGCAGUCGGUGUUAGAAUAUAUUAUAUAAAUAUUAAUGUCUUCCAAAGUUACUAUAUUACUUACUUAAUUUGCUCAAAGUCAGUUUUUGUUAUUGCAAAGUACAUUGUAAUGUAAAUCGGGUUAUCGGGUGAAAUACCUAUAGCUCAAUGGUAGUUCACAAGCAACGAACAGAACAGCAGGUGCACAAGUCGGCUGUUCGAUUCUUUGAGAAAUCCGUGUUUAUAUUAUUUUUGUAUUGUCGGUUUAGAUAUUUUUUUAUCACCAGUGAACAAGUGAUAUGAUCGUCAUGAAGGUGGAAAACGUUUCGUUAAUGCCGUCGAAAUCCUAAAUGAAGGCUGGAGCAAGCUGCUCCCCCGUCAUGUGUCAAAAGACACGCUCACUCCUGUGUGUAGUUAUGUGUGUCCUUAUCGUAACAAAACAACAGGUAAGUCAUGUUUAAUCUGGACAGUGAGUGCUGCACAGGGUAGAGUAUAGUUACGAGGAUAUAUGUUGAUCCGUAGUCUCGAAUAUAAAACAUAAGAGAUGUGAAGACAGCACAAAGUCUUGUUGUGGUAUCACAACUUAAUCUGAGUCGAUCACAGUUUCCCAGCUGACAGCGGUGGGCGAGCUGGGUGUAAACAACGGGCUACAUGCUUCAUUACACACUGUAUGAAGAGUAAACUGGUCUCACAUCGACUUGACGUCAGAUAACGACGUAUAACAUAAAUAUCAGACUGACAACAAGAGCAUUUUGUCAAGUAUUUAUUGAAGUUAGUCGUAUAUUGAACAGGCACCAGCAGAGUCACCUACUUUGUCCUCGCUCCGUGUCCUCGGCGUCUCAACUACAGCCUCCCGAACAGGUAUCACAUUUUACAGCAAAGUCAUCCGUGUUUAGUCUUUAAAACAUUAGCGUUACAUAAAAAGAACGUGACAGAGAGGCUAAGCGAUGGAAAUGUGCAUUUCCUAGUUAGUCAGACGGGUCCUGAGAGGCAACUCGAGGCCACUCCUACGGCACAUCUGCCUCAUGCACGCGUACCAAAACCAGUUAAUUCAAAAACCAGUUAAUACCGCACACCGGAAGUGGAAUUUAGGUUUUUUUAUUCCUGGUUUAUCCAUGACAGUCGUGUGUGUUUGUCUUUUAACUUAAAUGACCCGUUUUGGGGUAUGAAGAGUAUCUGGAUCAUAACAGCCCCCCCCCCCCUCCCGUCCCGACAGCAUCGUGUACCAGGGUUACUCCGUCCUCGCGGUUCCUUUAUCAGUCGUGGAACGUUCCAGAAACGGGAAUCUUCUCUCCGCAAAGUAUUUAUUGUUUCAAUUAGUUUGUUAUCGGUCUUCUGUUCGUUCUCGACUCGCAAACACUUUGUAAAAAAAGUGCUGAAAUGUUUUGUUUAGUCAUUUUGAGAGGACGACGCUCUGUAGGAAAAUAAAACAAUGUGGACAGAC